UUUUACGGUGUGUUCUGCAGAUUAUUGGUGAGCCAAUUUGAUGGCCAUCAAAACGAAGUGAAACGAGUCAUAUUGUUGGACCGUUCGGUGCUGUGCAGCAGCCGUGAUUUUGUUUUCGGUGGACCGAGCGAGAAGAAAAACCGGCCAAACACGUGUGUAUCUGAAGAGCAACGUAAACGGCAGGCGUAAAAAAACACCUGGAAUUUCGAACCAUCCGGAACGGCGUCAGUCACCCAACGGGCGAGAUACGCUGUCCUGUGUGACGUGUCUGCCAGCCAGCCGGUGCCGUCCUAGAAAGCCAGUCAACUGUUACGUCUGGCGCCCAGCGAUUCGCGCUGCUGCAACCAUCACACGCAUAUCAUCGUAACUCCUGGGCCGAGGACGUUCAGCAUGGAGGCGGUAGCGAAACCAUCGUCCACCCGAUCGCAACAGGUGCACCAGCAGCAAAUAGCGAUCGAAAUAAUCAGUGAACCGGCAGUGGCUCCACAACCGCUGCAGCACCAGGAGCUACAGGCGCACACGCUACUCCAACAGUGUCAGCAGCAGUCGCAGCAGCAGCAGCAGUCAGCACUUCCGACGCCGAACGUCGACAUCGUGCUGCGCGAAUCGACGCGUGGCAAUCUCGUGAGCCGGAAGAAGCCCUCGGUUGGAGCCGACGGCCGGAAGAGUUCGCACAAGGAUGGCAAGGGCGACGGGAAGGGAGAGGGCAAAUCCGUCUACCGGAAGUUCUUCAAGCGCAUCAAAACCAUACUGGACGGUGCGGACCCGGCCGCCAGCAGCAAACCAGAAGCGGAAGAUCUGCCGGUUCCGGCCCGCUACUAUCCGGACUCGCUCGUCGAGCUAACGCGCACGGCUCGCUUCACCGAGGACGAGAUCAAGCGCAUUUACCGUGGCUUCAAGGCCGAAUGUCCUACCGGCAUCGUGAAGGAGGACACGUUCAAGGGCAUCUACUCGCAGUUCUUUCCGCUCGGUGCCAGCAGUGGUCAGUACGCACACUACGUUUUCAAUUCCAUCGAUCUGGACCGGAAUGGCUCACUAAGCUUUGAGGAGUUUGUCGCCAACCUGUCGAUCCUGCUGCGGGGCACCGUGGACGAGAAGCUGCAAUGGACCUUCUCGCUGUACGAUAUUAACGGCGAUGGGUGCAUCACGAAGGAGGAGAUGAAGGAGAUCGUGACGGCCAUCUACGAGCUGAUGGGCAAGGUUCCGGAAGGUUGCGAGGAGGAGCAGGCCAUCAAGGAUAAGGUCGAGCGGCUGUUUGAGAAAAUGGAUCGCAACUGUGACGGAAAGAUUACGCUGGAUGAGUUCAUCGAGUGCUGCACGAAGGACGAAAGCAUCCGCCGAUCGAUAGCCGUCUUCGACACCAUCUUCUAAACCCCCGACGAUGGACCAUCGGGCGUUGGACACGUCGGACCACGUGUCCCUCGUUUCGUGGAUAUCAGUUUCUCUUACUAGAAGCCCAUCCUUCAAAGCAGCUUUCGGGCCGCGCCACAACGAAUACGGAGUGUAACUCCAAGAGUUCAAAGAAGAUGACACACCCAGAAUCUUCCACGUAAUUCGUAAACAGUGCAAAUCUUUUUACAAACUUCAUAUCCGAUCGCUGGUGUCCGUGUUGGGAGAUCGGACACAGUUCGGGGGUAAUUCAGACCAGCCUUCCGAUUGUUUCCGAACCCAGCGCGGUGAGCGCGCAGGUGGCAAACGCGAUCGCAAUUUUGGUGUUACACAUUCUACGUAAUCUAUCCUGUUGCUAGUUGAUUGUUUAGGAAACGCUCCGCUUGUUUGCUCCGCCUUACGGUGGCCCCCAAACAGGAAACACAUUCGAAGCAUGGCGCUUAACUUGACUAGCAAGAUAAGUAAACCCAACUCCGUGCGAUGUAGGUGUUCCAGGAAGUCACCCGUGCCGUAGCAAAAGCCAGUGACCCAUUUUCACUCCCUCUUCAAACGUGAUAUUUGCUGUUGUAAACUUUAACACUAACAAACGAAACCUUAUCGAGACACGCAGAAUUCGUAUCCGGGCCUGAUUUGUGCCGCGGCUGUUUUUGUCGUUUUACCAUUAUCAUUAGAAAAAGAAGCACGAUCACUGUCGAGCCGAAAGCAAAUUGUUAUGCUUCCGUUGGUAUAGAUGCAGCCCGUAAAAAGAGACCGUUCUAGCAACAAUGCACCCUAAUCUGCUGACACUUGAAUACUAGAUACAUGUUGAUACUGUUCUUCCAUCUAAUUCGAUUCCUUUACCGUUACACACAACCUGUUGCCGUUCCUUAGACGAAGUUCUCCAAAUUACUUACUCGUUCUUUACGAGGUAGAGAUUUCUCCAAAACGCAGCCAAACUUUUGAUGCUAACGAAUCUCUCUUUCGGGUUCUCACUUUCUCAAACUUAUAUCCACACAAACACGCACUCACUGUUUGAUCCAAAACAAUCAAAAAUAACUUCUUUCGACUCUUAAUAUAAUGUUAACUCUUACACAUUUUAACUACCCAGCGGGUAAAUCGAGUUUCGACGAAGACCAUAUAACGUUACUGUUGCCAAUUGGUGCACACCUUCCGAUGCUAAUCUUUUCUUAGUCGGUUGCCGCACCAUAUUUCGCUGAC